AGCCGGGACGUAAAAGAGCGAGAGAAGGCGCGCCACCUAAUCUGGACCAAUCAAUCUGUACACUACAUCCAGCCAACCUCGCCCGUUAAAGUGGUUGAUCGAUGUGCUGUGCUCUCCCCUCUCUCUUUUUUUAGGGUCUCCCCUCUCUCUUCCUGCGGCCGCUGCAUAUAGUACUCUUGCGUUGGCUUUAGUUUGCCAGCCACCACGUCCGACCAGCACAAACAAGACUGUACUCUGGGCUCCUCUGACUCCGUGUCUUGCUAAAAUAUCUUGAUCGACUCGUUGCGAGGUUGAUCAGAUGGCGGAGGAAGCGAAGCAGGAUGUGGCGCCACCCGCGCCGGAGCCGACCGAGGACGUCGCGGACGAGAAGGCGGCGGUUCCGUCGCCGGAGGAGUCUAAGGCCCUGGUUGUCGCCGAGAAUGACGCCGAGAAGCCUGCAGCUACAGGGGGCUCACACGAACGAGGUACUGGGUCUUCCUCGUCCAAGUCGGAAAUCAACCAUACAUCUGAGGCUCUGAGCAGUUGGUUAAUUAAAAAAAAACUGAUGUGCAACUCUGCCACUUCUUCAGAUGCUCUGCUCACGAGGGUCGCGACCGAGAAGAGGAUUUCGCUGAUCAAGGCAUGGGAGGAGAACGAGAAGGCCAAAGCCGAGAACAAGGCCGUGAAGUUGCUGGCGGACAUCACCUCGUGGGAGAACUCCAAGGCCGCGGAACUGGAAGCCGAGCUCAAGAAGAUGCAAGAGCAGCUGGAGAAGAAGAAGGCGCGCUGCGUGGAGAAGCUCAAGAACAGCGCCGCGACGGUGCACAAAGAGGCGGAGGAGAAGCGUGCCGCGGCGGAAGUGCGGCGCGGCGAGGAGAUCGUCGCGGCGGAGGAGGCCGCCGCCAAGUACCGCGCCAAGGGUGAGGCGCCGAAGAAGCUGCUCUUCGGCAGGGGAUAGAUAGCCGCGGCUUGGAGACAGUCCUCUUCGCUUCAUCUUCAGCUUCUCUCUGUUUGACCGUUGCAAUGUGUGCUGCCCAUUGCAUCACUUGUGUAUUUAUCUCUGGGAGUGAUCUUAGUUUGUAUGGUAUCAUCAAUUGCGUCGUGAUGUAAUUUGUGAUUAUUUUGUGGGAUACUUGGGUGUAUACUGUAUAAAGAUGGAGUAGUCUUUUCGUGCACACAACACUAUAACAGUAUCUGAUACUGGUUGAAAGCAAUUAACCCGCAUUCAGAAUCA